AUGCAUCAGCUGCUGGGCCGCGCACUGGGGCUGCCCGCUCUGGUGCUCAGGUGUUCCGGGGCGCUCGCCCUGCGGUCUGUCCUUCCCUUCACCUGGCCUCUCCUUCAAAUUGCAGGGCUUGCCUCCGUGCCACUCCGGCAAUGUGGCACUGGGGGAGCCCUGAUCCUCCUGAGCCGAGCGGUCGGGACGCCCGUCCUAGUGCUCAUGGCCAUCGGCGCCUAUCUCAGGUUUCGCCACCCGGGGGCGCACCGCACCAUGGUGCUGUGGGAGCGCAUGAUGCCCAUCUACGUUGCGUACGUGCUCAUGAAGCGCAGGACACGGCGCGGCAAGGAUGAUGGAAAGUUGACCCAGGAGGAGGUGGACGCCAUGUGGGCGCACUUGCAUGAGUGGGGUGGCGACAAGGCGUACCAAAUGGUCCUUGAGGCCAGUGGCUACAUCGUGAAAGUGGCGCAGGUGCUGGCGUCCAAGCAUGACGUGAUGCCUGAGCCUUGGACAAGAAAACUGAGCCCCUUGUUCGACUCAAUGCCGCCACGGCCAUGGAGGCAGAUACGGAAGGCGCUCGACGCAGAGGCGAGAAACGUGGCCGUGGCUGGGAAGAUAGACAUGGGAAAUGGGCGGGCCAUCAAGUUUGCUGAUAUUUUUGACCCGGUCGAGGCGGAGCCUCUGGCAUCGGCAUCGGUUGCCCAGGUGCAUUUGGGCCGCCUCACUGGCGCCGCGGCCGCAGCGCUGGGGGCCGACUGGAAAUGCGGCGACGCCAUCGUGCUGAAAGUCCAGCACACCACCAUGAAGGGCCUCAUGGACGUUGACAUAAACACGUCCGACGCCAUGGCGGAGUUCAUGAAGAACGUCCUGCCCUUCGAGCUGCACGCAAUCUUCGAGGAGCUCCGAGGAGCUGUGCCCCUGGAGUUCGAUUUCCUGAGGGAGGCGCGCAUGUGCGACGCCAUCAAGGGGCGGAUGGAGGCUUCGGAAUUUGCGUCACAGAUAUUUGUGCCGCUGGCCCCAAUUGACCUGUGCACUCACAGGCUGCUGACGCAGGAGUUUGUUGAAGGGGAGCCGUUUUCCAAGUUGUUGCCCAGGGUGGGUGACGAACCUGAACUUCGCGGGAAGCUGCGAGAUGGCCUGACGACCAUCAUAAAGGCGUAUGGAAAGAUGAUGAUCUACGAUGGCCUGUUCCACGGAGACCCGCACCCCGGCAACAUCCUCCUGCGCCCCGGCGGCGGCUUCGCCCUGCUGGACUUCGGCCAGUGCAAGGCCAUGCAGUUCGAGCGCCAGGUGUCCCUGGCGCGCCUCGUAAUCGCCAUGGCGUCGGCCUCCACCGCCGCCGUCGCCCUGGCCAUGCUGCAGCUGGGCGUCUCCUUCAAAGGCGCUCAGCAGGCCCCCGCGCAGCCCCACCUCGUCGCCAAGAUGGCGUACAUGAUGUUCGACACGCGCUACAUGCCGGAGGCCAACGUGAACCCCUUUGGGGAUGCGGAGGGCCACAUACUGGCGUCCAUCAAGUUCGACGACUUCCCCGCGGACCUGUGGUUCGUGACGAGGGUCGUCAUGCUGCUGCGAGGCCUGUCCUCGAGGCUUGAGGCGGACGUCCACGCGGCGGAGCUCUGGGCGCCCUACGCGCAGGCCGUGCUGGAGGACUUGGCAGCCGCCAAGCGGAGGUCGGAAGAGAACAGGAAGAUCGACGAGGGAACGGAGGGCGCCAAUUGA